GAUCCGUUUUGGCGGGCGGUUGGCGUUGCGCAGAAGGCGGCGGCGGUGGUGGCUAGUGGUGCGGCCUCACCAAACAGGAACAGGGCAGACGUUAGCGUGAGUGAUCACUCUCAAUCCCGGGGACCCGGUGGCCUUAGUCUUUCAGGUGGAACGGUGUGCAACAUGGGAAAGAAAACCAAGCGGACAGCUGACAGUUCUUCUUCAGAGGAUGAGGAGGAGUACGUUGUGGAGAAGGUGCUAGACAGGCGUGUAGUUAAGGGACAAGUGGAAUAUCUACUGAAGUGGAAAGGCUUUUCUGAGGAGCACAAUACUUGGGAACCUGAGAAAAACUUGGAUUGCCCUGAGCUAAUUUCCGAAUUUAUGAAAAAGUAUAAGAAGAUGAAGGAGGGUGAAAAUAAUAAACCCAGGGAGAAGUCAGAAAGUAACAAGAGGAAAUCGAAUUUCUCAAACAGUGCCGAUGAUAUCAAAUCCAAAAAAAAGAGAGAGCAGAGCAAUGAUAUCGCUCGGGGAUUUGAGAGAGGACUGGAACCAGAAAAGAUCAUUGGGGCAACAGAUUCCUGUGGUGAUUUAAUGUUCCUAAUGAAAUGGAAAGACACAGAUGAAGCUGACCUGGUUCUUGCAAAAGAAGCUAACGUGAAAUGUCCACAAAUUGUGAUAGCAUUUUAUGAAGAGAGACUGACAUGGCAUGCAUAUCCUGAGGAUGCGGAAAACAAAGAGAAAGAAACAGCAAAGAGCUAAAGGAGGGGAUGGUCUCUGUCAUUUCUCUUUGUACAUAAUACAUUCACCUCCCUGCCUCCUCUCCCUUCUACCCAACCCUUUCUAUCCUAAACACAUCCAUAAAAAAUGUGCUUAUCACUGUGCUCCACAGGAGAAAUGUUGGUAUUGGUUCUCUUGUAACAUAACUGAUGGUCUGAUUAAUGAUGAGUGUCUCUCUGUGAAGACCAGGCAUUUACAUACUGAGUGUAAUACCCACAAUUUUUUUUUUCCUUUGCCCUGAUCUCUUCCUGCUCCCCUGUGACCUCAAGAUGAGUUUUAACUUUUUAAUCACCUUAGAGUCUUGAUCUUUUCAGGUUGGUCGAUUUUUAGAUUGGGGGAUUUUGUCACAAUGAUGUUGAAUUUUGGUUUCUUGCUUUGGUUCUUAGAACAUGUUGCUGACUAGCUGGCCUUUGUUCUGACAUGUUGAGAUGCAAAGGAUGUUGCCCGUCUGUUAAAAAGCCAAUAGCAACUGCCUACCUGUUGGGGCUUUCCCAACCUUGUUCAGCUCUACCCAGGAGAAUACAGGGUUUCUGGUGUGGUCUUCUGGGCCACCCUCUGUUGUUCAUCCUCACUCAUCUUCCCAGAAUUACUCCAUCCUUUGGAAGAUUUGAAAUUUUACACUGAAAUUUGUCAAGACACUCUUUUUAGCCCCAGGACUUUUGGUCUUGCUUUUAGCACUCUCCACUUAUGCUUCUGUAAAGUGAUAUCAAUUUGUGAUAAAAUGACAAGAGUA